CCGGGUUCCCGGGUCGGGAGCCGUCUCUCCCAGUGUGUGUGCGCGGCGGCGGGAAAUGGCGCCCGAAUGCUGGCGAGUGUAAACAGCGGGCGAGCGGCGGCGCAGCGACUAGGAGCGGCGCGCAGACCCCGCGGACGGAAUAGAAUUGAGAUUCCAUGGUGUGAUUUCAUCUCCAUUUCAGAAUAUAAUCCAUUGGUAUCCUCUCCAGACAAGAAGAGAGAGGUCUGCAACCGUUUUCUGCGCAUCUUCUCCUCGGAGUAACUGCUUUCUGUCCGUUAUGAUGUGGGGCUGAACUGCUGCUCUACAUUUACAGCAUCUAGGUAAAUGUAGCGAAAGCUUGGUUGGAAUGGAGAACCUUUAUCACUGUUCUGCUGUCGGGACUAUGCCAUGUGCCACCAAGUGAUCUGGAUUUCUGGUAAUUUGAGGAUUGUAUUUCACGGCUAUGCCUGUUUUUCUGUGAAAAGUGCACAUUGUUCCAAAACGUCGAAGAGGAGCCAAACUCAAUCAAGUGCACAAGAAUUUGAAAAGUUGCCUAGACUUCAAGAAAUCUGCAGCUAUUGACAUACUCGCUGGACCUCCAUGAACUGUUUGGUACCACAUGACUUGACCUGUUUCUGUACCGUGCUGUUCGUCUGUUCAUUCCCGAUGCCAAAAUAAACAACAGCCCUGUCCUGCACUAUUUUUUAAUCUUUGUACAUGUGACACCUUUUCAGAAUGAGGCUGAGAAUGCGGAAGGCUUCUCAGCAGGCAAAUUCUGUCCAUGCAUCACGAGCAGCAAAGACCAAGCGGAAGCGCUCUGAUGCAGAUGAUUCGGUACCUAUUAUGGGGGCAAAACCUCAGAAGACGGAAACUGGUUUGCUCUCAUCAAUUAAAAGACUUAUCCGAGGAACUGCGACCAAGGUAGAAGCAGAGAAUCCUCCAAAGAAAAAAUGUAAACUUGAUUGUGACCUGGAUGACAACAUGAUCUCUUCAACACCCCACACUGGCUCCAAACCCAACAAACAAAUCUCUAGAGUAAGGCGGAAAAGCCAGGUGAAUGGAGAGACUGGAGGCUACAGAAGUAAACAGAAUGGAAAACUAACGAUUGUUAAUGAUGUUGUUAGCCCUCCGCGAACUGCCUUACUGGGAACCAUCUUUUCUCCUGUUUUCAGUUUCUUCUCACCAGCAAACAAAAAUGGAACAUCAGGUUCUGACUCCCCAGGUCAAGCUGUGGAGGCCGAAGAAAUAGUCAAACAGCUGGAAUUGGAGCAGGUAGACGAGAUAACCACCAGCACUGCAACGUCAGCUACAGGAGGACUGUACUCUGGUCAGGCAGUGACAGCACAAUCACCGUCCCCUGACAGCAGUUCAGAUAAUACAGAAGAUAAGGUCACCAGUAACAUUCACUCAAUGCCAGCACCAGAAUUGAAUGUGACAAAUGCAGAACUCUGCAAGACGAUAUCUUCUCCUGACACUUACCCAGAGCCACCUGCUCAUCCGGAAGCAAGCUAUGAAGAGGACUGGGAGGUUUUUGAUCCUUAUUACUUCAUCAAGCACGUGCCACCACUAACGGAAGAACAGCUCAGUCGGAAGCCUGCCCUGCCACUUAAAACCAGAAGUACACCUGAAUUCUCUUUGGUCCUAGAUUUGGAUGAGACCCUGGUGCACUGCAGUCUCAAUGAACUGGAUGAUGCGGCACUUACUUUUCCUGUCCUUUUUCAGGACGUGAUUUACCAGGUUUACGUACGGUUGAGACCUUACUUUCGGGAAUUCCUGGAGCGAAUGUCUCAGAUUUAUGAGAUUAUUCUGUUCACUGCCUCUAAGAAAGUUUAUGCAGACAAAUUGCUGAAUAUUUUGGAUCCUAAGAAACAGCUAGUCAGGCAUAGACUAUUCCGUGAGCAUUGUGUGUGUGUGCAGGGAAACUACAUAAAGGAUUUAAAUAUUCUCGGAAGGGAUCUUUCGAAAACAAUCAUUAUUGACAACUCUCCACAAGCCUUUGCAUAUCAGCUAUCCAAUGGAAUUCCAAUUGAAAGCUGGUUCAUGGAUAAGAAUGACACGGAGCUUUUGAAACUGAUUCCAUUUUUAGAGAAACUUGUAGAACUGAAUGAAGAUGUUCGACCCCACAUCAGAGAGAAGUUUCGUUUGCAUGAUUUACUCCCUCCGGAUUAAGACCACGUUGCCAACACCAAUUCUGAAGGGGGCAGAGAAGUCAAAAGCAGGACCCUUUGGACUACAGGACAUUGCCAUUACUGUUGAAAUUUGCAUUUUUGUACCUCGUCUUGCUUUUCUUGUCUUGGACACCCAGAAUUAACCACGGGGUUGCAGAGAGUGAACUUGGCCUCAAACGAUUUAGGGUGGUUUGGAAUAGAAAAGGAUAUUGCAGGGGUUUAACAAAAUAAGAAACGGUAUAUGCAGUCAAAAAAAAUCUGAACCUGCAGAUCCCAAUAGCACAUGUACAGCACGCAAUAGAUAUUCUGUCAUCCUAUUUGAUGUGCUUCUAAAGACAGUUUGCUGGUAACUAGUGUGAAAUGCUGUGGUCUGUUGCAAUACAUGUUGAUGAGACUUUGACUGUGGUCUAUCAUCUGUCAGUGGUUGGCACUUUCUUUUGUGACACACAAAUCAACACUUUCUAAAAGUACUUCUGUUAUUGCCACCAGCAUUUGGCUUAACCUGUAUUGUCACAGGUUUGCAUAGGAGGAUAAUACUGAUCCUGGUUUUCCUCUGGGUGGUGCUUUUUAAAGUGGUCUGUACCCACUUUUUUUAAAAUGCAGGUCUCAUUUCAACAGAAAUGGCCAGUAUAUUAUAUUAAAAAAUACAAAAAAAAAGGUUCAGGUUUUAGGCUUUUGUUUUUCUAGUAUAUGAAAUAAUAUCCAAUUAUUAAAGCAUUCCUUUUAACUAUAAUGUAAUGUAGAAUGCCACCCGCCCCAACCCUCUUCAAUUCCCCAAACAAGACAGAAUCUUACCUAAUUUGAGUCACCACCUUCCUGCUUCAACUGGCUGUGAAUUAAUGUAUAUUUGUUAAAAUAAAAAAUGAAAAAUCUAUAGGUUAGUCAAAAUAAAUCACAUACGUAACAUACACGUUUAUUUAUAUUAAAGAACAGAAAUUUUCACCCACAGUAGCUGUAAUCUUGUAAGAGAAGGGGUGACGGCACAAGAAGAGGGAUUGACACAAAUUCUAAAUAUUGUAAUUACAUUUUAAUCCUUUUUUUUAAUCCAUAAGCUUACACAGUCUCAACCUGGGCGGGGGAAAGAAUGGGAAAUGUGCCGUGGACAAGUGAGGAACAAUUAUUCCAGCUGAUCAAAUCUAAUGGGCUCAGGUCUGUCUUCGAGCAUCUACUGUCACAACACAAUGUAGUGCCACUGGUUUUGGGGGUCUUCAUGGUGAAUGUGAUAGAAGAAUGGUCAGUAAUGGGGUGAGAAUGGCAGUGUGCAAGCCAAGCUUAUAGGACCUAGCUGUUUUCACCCUCUUCUCCCUUUCUCUCCCUCCGUCCCCAUCCUUCCUGACAAUAAGUUAGCUUGUUCGUCCCCUGUUUUAAAAACAAAAUGUCUCCCUUUCCCCCCACCCACUCCUGAUAUAUUUGCUGGCUUAUUUUUUUCCGCGGUAUUGUUUACUCGAAGGAGCAUUGCAUGAAUUGCCUCUAGACUGCAUUGAUAUACCACAAGUAUGGCCACGGACUCAUUUUCUAAGGAAACUGGAGAAAGCGGCACUUUUUUUUUUACAGAGAAGAGCUAGGUGCAUUUCCUUUGGUUUAGGCCUUUAGAAGAUUGUUCAGGUCGAGGUGUGUGGUAGCUGAAGAAUGGUGAGCAGCACAUGAAUGAGGAUGCCAGUUAAAUUUUUUUAUGUAUAUUACCAGUUUACUUGUACAAAACUUUCUUGUACAAAACUACAUGCAGCUUCAUUUAAAAAAAAAUCCUUAAAGUAAGGAGAAAACUUUUUAAAGAAAGCGGUUUAAUUUUUGUAUUUUUGAUUUUAUGAAAGGCAUGAGUUUAUGUCUUCUUUUUCAGUGUAUUAAUGAAGAUUUUAACUUUUCAUCAGGUUGAGCGUUUUUCUUACUAUUAUCUAUUGUGUAUGUAGCUAGCACAUUGUGACACUGAAACGUUCAAAUCUAGCAUGUAGAAUAAGCCUGUUUUUUGUGGGGAGGAAAAAAAACCCUUUUAUCCUUCAUUAAAUAUUUUAAUCAUGGCAGGUUUUUCUGCAGAAAAUAAUUUGAAAAGCGUUUGCAUUUCAGAGAAAUACUGAUUUUGUAUUUAAAGAAAGGUAUUUUGCUUGCUGGAAUCUAUUUACUACAGAUUCACUUUAAUGAUAACCUUUGAGAUGUAUUUAAAUACCUUAGGGCAUCUGGGCAUCUUUCUUUAUGCUGUUGUCAUUUUGUCUUUAUUGAAAUAAAAAAUGUACAGAACAUUACUUUUACAAAUGUUACAAACAUUUUCAAGUUUUGCACGUUGUGCAUCACAGAGAUCAAAUCCUCAUACUCUGGCCCUCUCCCUUUGAGUCUGCACAUCUACUUGUCAAAAUGAUCUGAUGCGCUUUCAAAAGAUGUUUGGUCUCUGUCUCGGUCCCUUCCUGCAACAACAACAGAAAAAUCAUGUUCCAACUUUUUGUUUUGCACUUAAUGCCUUAAAAAUCAAGACAGCUGUCGUGAUACUUGUAUUGGAGUUAAAACAGGGUCAACACAAGAUAAUAGGUCCUUUUCGUCAACAAAGAAUUUAUCUCCUGUACAUUCUCCUCACUUUUAAGAAGUUUUAUACCUCAAGUAAAUGCUGUAAUUGUUAUAUGGUUAUAUAUAGAUACUGAUUGUUAUUCUCAUAAAGAAAGUUUCUUCACUCCUUCCUCUGACCUUGCAGUCCCUGGAAUUCAGAGGUUUAGGGUGAUCUAAGCAAAUGUUAAGUUUUUCUGGGUAACUAAUAGGGUGAAGAGAGACUCAUCUUACGACCUGUGGAGACUAGGACUUGUGUGCAGUGUAACAAUUAGGCCCAGCCUUUCACAUUACACAACCAUCACACCAGGAGUUCCCCACCUUUUUCAUGUCAUGAACCCCUGCCAUUAACCGAGCGGUCAGUGGAGCCCAGCUCUACACAUUACGAGCAAUUGACAAUGGCCAAUUAACCUACCAACCUUGCAUGUUCCUGGGAUAUGAUGCAUAAGGUGAAUUCCCACACAGGUGGCAUCUGUGGUUAGGAUUGAGCCCUAGUCUCUAGUAAUGUGAAGGGGUGUUCUGCAAGUGUCCUCAUAUUACUGGUUCUCUCUUGCUUCCCACCAGCCGCCAACACGAACUGGAAUUGAAUAUGUCUGAAUUUUGUUUUUUUUUUGGAGGGGGGGGUUGCUCUGAUAAUUCCACUUGCCAGCAUUCUGCAGUCUGUGCUCCGCUCUGCUUAAUGGCCACUUGGCAGAGGUACAACUGUCUGAAAGACACUGAAAAAUCAGACCUGAACUGUCCAGUCAUUACUGAGUGCAGCCUGCACAGAAAAGCAACCCUGACCAUCAGUUUAGUGCUGCAGCCAAGUGGAGAGCAAUGCUUCUCCUCUCUCUCUCUCCUCUCUCUCUCUCUCUCUCGCUCUCUCUCUCUCUCUCUCUCUUCCCCUCUUCCCCCCCCCCCCCCACAUGCCGGCAUAUAACUGGCAUGGUAAUGGAAGCCUAGCUUAGGCUCUUGCCAUUAGACAUAACUUGUUUAAAAUUACAGCGAAUAUUCAACUUUGAAAUUGGCUCCAUAGGUCAACUCUCUCCACCUCAUCAGACCCUGUCAACAUAUCCUUCUACUCCUUUCCCCCUUCCACUUCCUCUUGAGCCAUCAUUGCCAUAAUCACUCCAUGUCAGUGAUGGCUACAUUCCUGCCACUCUCUAGGCCAGGAGUUCCCAGCCUUUUUUUAUACCAUGCACCCCUACCAUUACCCGAGGGGUCUGUGAACCCCAGGUUGGGAACCCCUGCUCUAGGCAAAGAGUUGCCAUCUGAAUUCAUUGGCUGAUUUAUUAGUGACUUUAUAUUCACAGAACCUGGUUUUGAGUGCAGAAGCAUCUUUGGAUCAGUCCUUUUGUAAUCUUUAAGAUCUCGGUCGGAGCAUCCCUCAGCCUUUGCUCCAGGAGAAAAAGGCCCUGGCCUGAUCAGUUUCUGUGAUAGUUGUGCCAUUAGUAGAACAGUUCAUGAUUCCUAUCUGUGGAAGUGUUAUGUGCAACCACCUUAGCUUCUUUUGAUACUCUUUAAAAUGGAUAGGUGCUGUUCCACCCAGUUGCCUCCUUCACUUUCAGUCAGGAAAUGUGCCAUCUGUAAAUGUAUUGGGAUGAGUAUUUGGUCAGCUUGCAAUUGUUACAGACCAGGAGGAAGCCAUGCUGUACUCUUCUUUUGGAGCUAUUUACCUUCUCUGUCUCUGUGGGCCUCCAAAUUGUGUUCCCUCAAGUGCCUUUCCACUUUCCACUUCCCUCUUGAGAACCCCAUCUUCGCAAUCCAUGCAGGCAGUGGAAUCCAAACCCAAAGCUCCUUGCAUUGUCAUCAUUUUGUGCCGUGUGGUAUGAUGUGGGCAAUCAUGUCCUUUGGCAGUGAUUGUUCUUGACAAAUGUUUCUACAGAAGUGGUGACUGGUGACCACAGCCAUUGUCAAUUCUGCCUGGCAUCAGUGGUUUAACCAGGACAUAACUCCACCCUGCCACCCCAAAGCUCUUAUCUUUUGUUUAAAAAAAGAUUUGCCUGGCAAUUCAUCUGUAAUUCUUGUCUAUCUGCUAAUCAAAGUUCAAAGUAAAUUUAUUGUCAAAGUAUAUGUAUGUUACCAUGUACCCUGAGAUUCAUUUUCUUGCAGGCAUUUUCAGUAAUACAAGGAAAUACAAUAGAAUCAAUGGAAAAUCUACACACAACUGCCAAGUAACCAAUGUGCAAUGAUGUGAUGUGUAAAUUGGAGAGAACAUUCUCUCCAUUUACCCAAUCUAGACCCAUCAUGAUCUCAUCUCAAACCUCCUCUCAAUGUUCCCUGGUCAUCUGAUAUUUGACUAGGAGCAGAUUCCCCAUACAAGUGAGGAACUGUUCAAUCAGCAUAGGCAGCACAUUGGUCGUGGGUAUCCCUGCUGGGAAUGCUGAAAGUGGAGUUUGCGUACUUACAAUGAAGUACCUGUUUUAAUGGCCCCCAGUGCCUUUAAAUGAUGUCCAAAAGCAAGAUUGCCCUGGUUAGCUUAUAAUGGAGGUAGCCUACAGGCUCACAUGUAACUUAAACAGGGUAGAGAGGGUCUGUAACUCAGCAAGAGUCAACAUCAACACCUUGAUAUCUAAAACUCUAAAAUUCAGAUUGCACUCUGUUCCUUCAACACUCCAGAACAUGUUUCGGGAUCCAUUAAAUCAGGUUCUCCUUUCCUCAUUUUCAGGUCUUUAAAUUUUCUAUAAAUUUCCAAAGCUAUACCUGACUGUCCACUCCUUUAACUCUCCAUGCCUGUACAAUUGGCUACAAAUGUAAGACUGCUUUUGCGCCACUCACUUUGUGCUGGUAAUUCUUACCAGUAACUUGUGAUUCUAAAACCAGAGAAAAGAUCAAUCAACUCCGUUGCUGUGGACUCUGCAACUUCAACCAGUCGAGGCUGAAUAACCAUAGGAAAACUUCAGAGCUCUGUGAACAACUAUCACACCAUGGAGUGACCAAACUCCAUGUCUGAUGAAUAAUAUUUGUUUUGUUACUAUUGAAAAGUA